UUGUUGAUGUUUCGGUAUUGUCGUCUACUAUCAAAUGUGUGUCAACAUCAAUUACAGCUGACAAAGGGUUUUCAGGAGGCUGCAAUAAUGUCUCAAGACAUUGGACAUAAUAAAAACAAAGUUUACAAAGUGGUGUUAACUGGAGGUCCUUGUGGUGGCAAAACUACCGGCCAGGCCAGACUUAGUACAUUCUUUGAAAGUUUAGGAUGGAAGGUCUACAGAGCACCAGAAACAGCUUUGGUUCUAAUGAGUGGGGGUGUGAAGUUUACCAAUCUGACCAAAUUAGAAGCUUACAAAUUCCAAGAAAACUUAAUCAGGACCAUGAAACAGAUAGAAGACACAUAUUUUGAACUAGCCGACACAUGUCCACAGAAUUGUUUGGUGAUUUGUGAUAGAGGGAUAAUGGAUGCUUCUGCUUAUUUACCAACAAAAGACUGGGAGAAGAUGAAAACUGAUAAUGGUUGGAAUGAGAUCCAGUUGAGAGAUAACCGAUACAAUCAAGUCAUCCACAUGGUAUCAGCAGCUAGAGGGGCGGAGGAGUUUUAUACUGUAGCUGGUCAUCAGACCCGGCAUGAGAGUAUAAACCAAGCAAUAGAACUAGACCAAAUCACAGCUGGGGCAUGGGUAGGACAUCCGUAUUAUGAUGUGAUAGACAACACAACUGGAUUUGAAGGCAAAGUAAUGAGAAUGAUUUCUGCUGUAUGUAACAGAUUGGGUAUAGAUACCGGUGAUCGACUCAGUACCAACAGUAAGAAGAGGAAGUUCCUUGUUACUGGUGUACUGGAUUGGACAAUAUUCCCUCCACAUCAGAAGUUUAUGGUAACUCAUGACUAUCUUGUCACACCUAGUCGUAAAAUGCAGGCCAGAAUACGCAAGAGGGGACAAGAUGGUCAAUGGACAUAUACACAUACUAUCCGCAGGCCGGAGAUUAACGAACAAAGUGUAGAACUCAGGAUGGCUAUUAAUAGUAGAGAUUACGAGAUUUUGCUAGCUCAAAGAGAUUAUAGACAUUACUCCAUAUACAAGAAAAGGACUUGUUUUCUGUGGAACAACCAUUACUUCCAUCUAGAUGAGUAUGAAGAUCCUUGUCCUCCAGGGUGUAAAGGAUUGAUACUUCUAGAAACAUACACCACCCUCGAGGGAGAUGACUUAAAAGUUCCAGAUUUUCUACAGAUUGAACAAGAAGUGACUGGAAAUUCCAAAUAUUCCAUGUUUAAUUUAUCAAUAAAAGAAGAAAUGGAUCGAUCCAAAAGUGAUGCCUCAAUAGAAAGUAGAGAUGUGUAAAAACCUGAGAUUUUCUCUGUAUUUUUAAUCAUCAAUCUUUUCAAUGUUCAGGUGCUCUUAUCAUCAUAUUUUAAAUUGGUUUGUUCUUUUAUGCAAAAUAGACAUAAAAGAUGAUUUAGCUGUAGAAUAAGACCAAAUCUCAUAUUUUUGUUCAGCUUUACAUUCAUUCAUUCCAAACCAGUUCUUAUAAAAAAAAUCCAGGCCUAUUGUUUUCAUUCAAAUAAUAUCGUUUUUCCUUCCAAUGCUUGUGUUUCACAUACAUUUGUAAAUUUCCUAAACUUUUGGGUUUUGAUACUGUCCUAAUUGAGGGCUAUUCCAUUGAAAUUUUCACAAUAUCAACAACAUCUCAUGACAUUUGCUUCAAUCAGCAGUUAAAUACAAAUUACAUAAAGAUGUAGGACAAUUUUUAAUAAGAAAAUUAAGAUAAAAUUGAGAAUGGAAAUAGGGAAUGUGUCAAAGAGACAACAAACUGACCAAAGAGCAAUGUUUUUAAAUUAUGGAUUAUUUAUUUCUCAUUUCCUGUAAAAGAAAAUGAAACCAUAUGUUAAUUAAGAUUGAAUGAAAUAACUGUUUGUCUUUGCUGUUAACAACUUUUGUAGAGAUAAGAUUGUAAGAUUUUUCAUUUGUUCUAAAACUCAUACGAGAACUAAACAAUAUUUUGGUAAACAGGAAGAUUGUGUGACAAAUACAUGUACGUUUAGAAGGAACCAGGUACUUGUAUUUCAUAUGGUGGAAUUUAUUUUGUAUUUGAUGCUUUUGUUUUUACAUUUUUCCUAAUAAGCAUAUAUAUAUAUUUGUAGUAAUAGAGCAUUUU